CACAAUCCGCCAUUCGAAUCUCGUCAGUGAGUUGCUCUCGUCCGGUGUUGAGCUAGCGCACGGGGAGGAACUCGUCACAAUCCGCCAUUCGGAUCUCGUCCGGGGUUGAGCUAGCGCACGGGGAUCUCUUCAUGGCGAUGUGAAGAGGCUGUGGAAGUUGCAUUGAUUCAGUGAGAAUUCUGCAUCUGUCAGUGACUAGACCGCGUCGAACUUCCGCACUCGCAGCCAUGACGGAUCGUUCCAACGUUCUCAAACAAAUCCUGGGGAUAAAUCCUGGCAAGGAUAACAAUAAAGGGGGAACCCAAAGUGACGGCCAGAGACGGAAAACAGUGCAAGAGGAGGCCCGAGUUGAGGACAGUCGAACCCACUGCUCGAUGUCGUGGGACGGAUAGCUCCGUGCACUGCAUCAAAUUGGAGGCUCACACUGAGUGGAUACUGUCCGAGGGGCUUGACUUCACGUAACCCUCGCUGUAUAUUACUGACUGUGUAGCGGAGUUGGAGCUCGUUUGAUCACUUAUGGGAGCAUGAGAUAUACGAUACACCAACGGAGCAGCAUCAAGCCUUCUUCGAGGUUUGAUGGACUCGCUAUUUGGCACCCGAAAAUUCGCGUAUCGGCUUGCCAGUUCAGUCGGGGUGUCUGUGCGCACGGUCGCACUUACAAGUUUUUGUAACAAGCUGGAGCAUGUGGUCUAACUGAAGCAAUCGAAGUUUCAUCAUCGCGCCCGUAGCAGCUUCUUCAAUAACGCAACCCGGAGAAUCGAUAUGUUAUCGAUCGCUGACGAAUUCACAUGUCAAAAUGUAAAUAUGUUGAUUGAUGGAUAGGCAGUGACCACUUUGCCACUAAAAAGAUACUGCAAUAAAGUAUAUACACUAUCUCAAAGUU